AUGGCGAAUAAUUCUUCAGCUAAGGUUGUGUUCCUACAUGGUGAUUUGUAUCUCAGAAUAAUUGAAGCCCAGAACUUACCAAACAUGGAUGUAGUCACCGGAAACAUCGCCCGUUGUAUGCCUUUUGAUAUGUGUCCUGAAGACACCCCUAAAUCCGGAUCUAGUGAGGUAAAACAGCAUUCGGGUGGACGGAAGAUCAUUGCUAGCGAUCCUUAUGUUAAAGUAUCGGUCCCUCAAGCUGCUGUUGCACGUACACGUGUGUUAAAGAACUCCAGAAACCCGAGGUGGGACGAGCGGUUCAAUAUUCCAUUAGCUCAUAACCUUGCUCACUUGGAGUUUGAAGUAAAAGAUGAUGACCUUUUUGGAGCUGACGUGUUAGGGACAUUAAAGAUUCCGGCUGAGCAGAUUGCCACAGGGGACAUGAUCUCUGACUGGUUCACAUUAAAGAAUUCCCGCAAGGACUCAAUGCUCAGGCUAGAAAUGAAGUUUACACACUGUGAAAAGAAUCCACUUUACCAGCACGGGAUUGCUGGAGAUCCGAACCAGAGAGGUGUCCGUGACACAUAUUUUCCAGUGAGAAAAGGUUCUCAGGUGACAUUAUAUCAGGAUGCCCAUAUUAGGGCUGAAUCUAAAAUGCCUGAGAUUAAAUUAGACGGGGGUAAGAUUUUCGAACAUAAUUCAUGUUGGGAAGAUAUAUGUCAUGCUAUAUCAUCAGCUCAUCAUAUGAUAUACAUUGUUGGUUGGUCAAUUUUUCACAAGAUUAAAUUGAUUAGAGAACCGACUAGGCCAUUGCCCAGGGGAGGGGAUUUGACACUUGGUGAAUUGCUCAAGUAUAAGUCUGAAGAGGGGGUUAGAGUUUUGCUGUUGGUUUGGGAUGAUAAAACUUCACACAGCAAGUUUUUUGUUAACACGCCUGGAGUAAUGCAAACUCAUGAUGAAGAAACUAGAAAGUUUUUCAAGCAUUCAUCUGUGCAGUGUGUGCUCUCACCUCGUUAUGGAAGCGGUAAACUUAGCCUGUUCAAACAACAGGUUGUUGGAGGUGCUUUUACACACCAUCAGAAAUGUGUACUUGUGGAUACACAAGGAUAUGGUAAUAACAGAAAGAUCACAGCUUUUAUAGGCGGUCUUGAUUUAUGCGAUGGUAGAUAUGACACACCUGAACAUAGGUUAUUUCAUGAUCUUGACAGUGUAUUUAAGGACGAUUUUCACCAACCUACAUUCCCCGAAGGAACAAAGGCCCCAAGACAGCCAUGGCAUGACUUACAUUGCAAAAUUGAAGGUCCCGCUGCAUAUGAUGUUUUGCUCAACUUUGAGCAACGAUGGAGAAAAGCUACAAGAUGGAGAGAAUUUGCAUUAGUUGCCAAAAGGAUAGCAAAAUGGAAAGAUGAUGCAUUGUUAAAGAUUGACCGAAUCUCAUGGAUUGCUAGUCCUAAAUAUCCUGUUCCAGAAAAUGGGGUUCACACUGUGGUUCCUGGAGAUGACCCCUUAUUGUAUGUGUCCAAUGAAGAUGAUCCUGAUAACUGGCAUGUGCAGAUUUUCAGGUCCAUAGAUUCUGGAUCGCUGAAAGGGUUCCCCAAAACUGUGGAAGUUGCCCAGGCACAGAAUCUUAUCACUGCCAAAAAUAUGGUUAUAGAGAAAAGCAUUCAGACAGCCUAUAUCCAAGCAAUCCGAUCAGCUCAGCAUUUCAUUUAUAUUGAAAAUCAAUAUUUCAUUGGAUCGUCUUAUGGGUGGUCAUAUGAAAAUGCGGGAGCUGAUAACCUAAUCCCAAUGGAGUUGGCUCAAAAAAUAGCAAGCAAGAUCAGAAACAAUGAGAGAUUUGCAGUUUAUGUUGUCAUCCCAAUGUGGCCAGAGGGCAUCCCAACUACUGCCACUGUGCAAGAGAUUCUCUAUUGGCAAAGUCAGACAAUGCAAAUGAUGUACAGUGUUGUUGCAGAAGCAAUUAAGUUCAUGCAGUUAGAUGCGCACCCUAAAGACUAUUUGAACUUCUACUGCCUUGGCAAACGGGAAGAAAUACCUUUCAAAAUGGGUCCAUCAUUUGUAGAGGAGAAGGUCUCAAAUUCACAAAAGUUCAAAAGGUUCAUGAUUUAUGUGCACGCGAAAGGAAUGAUUGUGGACGAUGAGUAUGUUAUAGUGGGAUCUGCCAAUAUUAAUCAAAGAUCUUUGGCUGGUUCAAAGGACACAGAAAUAGCCAUGGGUUCGUAUCAACCUCAUCACACGUGGGCUAAAAGGAAGCGACACCCAAAUGGACAGGUCUAUGGUUACAGAAUGUCAUUAUGGGCUGAGCACCUAGGGGCGCUAGAGAAUGCAUAUAAGGAUCCCAAAACUCUGGAAUGUGUGACUAAAGUUAACCGAAUAGCUGAAGAAAACUGGAUGAGAUACACAGUAGAAAAAUACACAACAUUGCAAGGUCAUCUUCUAAGGUAUCCCUUACAAGUGGAUGGUGACGGGAAUGUGAAUUCCUUGCCUGGAUAUGAAAAUUUCCCAGAUGUUGGAGGCAAAGUAAUGGGAGUACAUUCACCAACACUCCCUGAUAUCUUAACUACAUGAUUGCUGGCAUGUUUGAUAUGUGUGACACUGGGUGAAAAUAAAAUGUUCAGUAGGUUUAGGAUUGUUCAAUGAUUGAUAAGGUAAAGACAUGGGACAGAGUGUAAGGAUCAUGAAAGGUCAUGUGUUUGAGUCAAGGAAAGCUGCUCCCUUCCCCAACCUUUAAAAGUUGAGAAACUUUGAUGGACCGGGGUUGAUUGCAAGUAUGAAAAUUUGUGAAAAUAUGUGGGUAGUUUAUAAAAUUGUAUAUCAAAACAUUAUAACAAUUCACUUUAUUGUAACAAUUCUAUUUUUUCAAUAGUUA